AACUGAGACUUUGGGUUGGCUCAACAUUCAUCCACAGCUGGGGGCCUGAGAAGACACACAAACACACACACACACACACACACACACAGCUCCGGAGAACCUGUGCCCUACAUGCGGAUUAUCUGUGACAUCCUCCCAUCAGGACGCACUGCUGAGGCUUUUACGCACAAACCUUUUGGAUUUUAAAAACCAAUUAGAAAGACUUUUUGAGAUGACUACAACACGGAAAAGUUUGAAGCAGGAUGCAUGAUUUUUUUUUCCUUUACGAAUUGUCUUCUGAAGAUCGUAAAACAGGAAAGGCGGAAUGGGGAAAAUCAGUUUGCUUUUAUUUCAGACUGAUUGUCCCAUUUAUCUCACCAGAACGGCGUGCAUGAUGUGAUGUCCAUCAAGGGAAAUUAUAAAUUCAAACAUCACAGAAAAUGACAUUAAAUAUGAGUUAGUGAGUAAAAGUUAUGGAGCCAACCCAGCGGCUGAACACCACCAAUGACAGUUUUAUUACAGCUGCAUCCACGGUGGAUGAGAUCACAGAGAGUCUCGCCUAUCAAAUAAGCCUGGCGGGGAUUCUCUCUGUCAUCACACUGGCCACAACUUUAUCCAACGCUUUUGUCAUCGCGACAAUCUCCCAGUCGAAGAAGCUGCAAACUCCUGCGAACUUCCUGAUCGCGUCUCUGGCCAUCACGGACCUGCUGGUGUCUAUCCUGGUGAUGCCGAUCUGCGUCCUGUACACCGUCAUCCACACCUGGACUCUGGGGCAGAUCGUGUGCGACAUCUGGCUUUCCUCGGACAUAACGUGCUGCACGGCCUCCAUCCUCCACCUGUGCGUCAUCGCUUUGGAUAGGUACUGGGCCAUCACGGACGCGGUGGAGUACUCCAAAAAGCGCACGCCUGGGCGCGCGGCGGGUAUGGUGGCCACAGCCUGGGUCAUCGCUAUCUCCAUCUCCCUUCCGCCGCUCUUCUGGAGGCAGGUGAAGGCGGAGGAGCUAACCAGCUGCAGCGUCAACACGGAUCACAUCUUCUACACCAUCUACUCCACAUUUGGGGCUUUCUACAUCCCCACCCUGCUGCUGAUUGUCCUCUACGGACGGAUUUACGUUGAGGCGCGGAAGCGGAUCCUGAAGCAGUCCCCGAAAAAAGUGGGGAAGAGACUUACCUCUGCGCACCUGGUCAACAACUCCCCUGGAUCCGUAACCUCCACAACCUCACUGCAGUGCGGGAGACACGACCCUCCGUCCAGUGACACCGGCUCCUCAACGAGCGAGAACCAGGUGAAGGUGACGGUGUCUGAUGCGCUUUUGGAGAAAAAGCGAAUUUCAGCAGCCAGAGAGAGGAAAGCGACUAAGACUCUGGGGAUAAUUCUCGGCGCUUACAUCGUUUGCUGGCUGCCGUUUUUUAUUUACACGCUGGUGGUGGCCACAUGUGACACGUGCUUUAACCCUGACUUAUUUGACUUUUUCACCUGGUUGGGCUACUUGAACUCCCUCAUCAACCCGAUCAUUUACACUAUGGCCAACGAGGACUUCAAGAAGGCUUUCCAUAAACUCGUGCGCUUCAGAUGCUUCGGAUGCAGGUCGUGAACUAAGAUCCCUCAAGUCUCCAGUUAAAAUGUAUUUAAGCAGGUUUUUUUUUUUUCACAUAAACAGCUACAAAUGAAUGAAAGUAUAUGGAGAAUACAAACAAUAUUAUUUCUGGGACUCAUUGCCUUAAAUUCUGUAUCAAAAUAUAUUUAUAAAACAUCUCUAGUCCUUCAAUCCCAGGAGUAGACCUGUAAUGCAACUUUAAAAGUCCAUUCAAAUGUCAAGAUCAGGAGUGACAUUUGGUUAAAAACAACUUUAUGCACCCCAAAAAUCACUUAAACUUGACACAAAAUGCUCCUCUUGGUGAACAAAUUGGCCUGCUAUAUAAUUAAUUCAGUGAUGGCUUGACACUGACACUAUUCUGUAUGAAUUCCUUUUUCUCUGGUACAGUGAAUUAAACCAGUGCAUUGCACAUUAUUCCCAUGCCACGCUGAACACACAUUAAUAAUUAAGCAACAGAGAUCACGAACAUCUGAGAGUGAAGUCAAAAAUAUACAAACCUGGCCGUGCUGAGUGAUCCACUUUGCAUUGUUUUAAACAUGGAAGUUCUGUUUUUAGAGAUCGGCAACAUGUGUGUGUAUCCUGAGAGAUGAUGACAGUGGGAUAUAUUUUUAUUAUGGCGCUUGGACCGCUUGCUGCUCCCCUGUAUGGUUAUCUCUUUUAUUUACACUAAAAAAAGAAAACGAUUCAUAUCAGUGUAAAACAAAGAAGCUGUGACUGAUAUUUACUUAGCAGAACUAAAAGCUGAUCAAAUGUUCAAUUUAGCAGAACAAACAGCACCUUGUCUUGCUGUGUGUGGCUCUGUUUGCCGCUCCAUUAAAUCUGUAUUUCCAGUAUGUGACGCUCAUGUGUGACAAAGGUUACCAUCUUAUGAUCAUAGCCACAGACGUUAUAGGCUGCCCUGCAGAGCUAUAAAAACAACAAUGCUUAUGGUGUGUCAGAAUUGUGUGAAAAUAAAGGUUUAUUGUUCUAAGAUGUUGUUAUGUACAGAUUCA